AAAGAGACGCAUCUAACUUAUUUUCAUCACAACCCUGGAUUGCUCAUUUAAUUGUUAAACAUUCAAAGCAUCAUAAAGUGGUUGAAACGAGUACCAAAACGACGUGCCAAUUACAUUUUAAAAGUAAAUACGAUCGCAAUGGAAGGAGAAUAUUUUUACGGUGCUGUCCUCGGCGAGCCAAAGGCGACAACAACAUGGAAUUCUUCUGAAAAUGGAGAAGAAGAACAAAGUCCUCUUUUCAAGCUAGUGGUCAAACAAAUUCUCUUGGGUCAAAACGCCCCAGUCGACGAGUAUAAUGUUAUCGAGGUUAAGACGACGUCGGCGAACGGCCCUGUACAGAUUCCCAUUGCCGUAUUGAAAGCGGGCGAGGCUCGUACUUCAAUUGUCAAUCUGGAGUUCCCUGAAGCACCCGUCACAUUUACUUUGAUCGAAGGUUCUGGGCCAGUAUACAUUCAUGGCAAUAUCAUUUCGACCUAUAUGGAACAAGUGGAGGACGAGGGUGACGAAUGUAUGGAAUCGGUGGAGGAGGAGCAGCACGAAGAGGAUAAUAAGAAAAGAAAAAUUGACGAAAAUGGUUCCAAGGCAGCAAAUGGCUCCAAUAGCCAGAAAAACAGCAAGAAACAAAAAACUGGUUAAUGUCCGUAAUUCAGUUCGAUUGCUACUAUACAUUGAAAUUCUUAAGCAGCUAGCGAUCAAUGAUAAUUAAAAACUUUUUUCUGCGUUUUUACUCAUGACGUCAAGUCGUCCAUUAAACUUUUUUUGUACUUAAGGUUAUUUCACCAAAAAAUAAAAAUUUCAUUUCGUUUUUG